AUGAUUGCACACAGUGACACUCUCGGAUCGCUGGGCACCAACGGACAACCAUCGCAUCCUGUCUUCGAGGCUGCCUCAAGUGCUCUCAUUGCAAACCUCGUUCCAAAGCAGCAUCUACGCGCUACCUUGGUAGCAAAUUGCAUUCACGACCAGCGAGCGUUCCGCGUGGGCCAGAAUGAAGAGACCAAGACCAAGACACACAUCGCAAUGAAUCUUGGCAACUCCAUCUAUCACGAGCAGGGAGCUGCGGCAAUCUAG